GACGCUUGGGCUGAACACUGUGUGUCUUGAGCGGUUCAAAUCCCGUCCCCAGACGAGAAGCGGCUGCGCUAUGUCGACGAUCCGGGGGUGGUGGUGGCGGCGGCAGCCGGUGGUGUCGUGGUGCCGAACCUAUUGCGCCUCUCCCGUAGCUGCUCCGAGGAAUCCCAGGGCGCCUCCGGCCUUCUCCACCGCUUCCCCCGGCCCGGGAUCCAAGAGGGUCGGCACCCACAACGGCAGCUUCCACUGCGACGAGGCACUCGGCUGCUUCAUGAUCCGCCUCACCAGCAAGUUCUCUGGCGCCGAGAUCGUCCGAACGAGAGACCCUCAGCAACUUGAAAAUUUAGAUGCAGUGCUCGAUGCUGGUGGUGUUUAUGAUCCUACUCAAGAACGAUAUGAUCAUCACCAAAAAGGAUUUAGUGAGGUUUUCGGUCAUGCUUUCAGCACCAAGCUCAGUAGUGCUGGACUUGUCUAUAAGCAUUAUGGCAAGGAAAUAAUUGCAAAGGAGCUUCAGCUUGAUGUUGAACACGAAAACGUGCAAUGUGUAUAUCUUGCUGUGUAUAAAAACUUCAUUGAGGCAAUUGACGCCAUUGAUAAUGGGAUCAAUCAAUAUGACACUGACCAGCCUCCAAAAUAUGUAAAUAACACACAUCUUUCUUCAAGAGUUGGUAGUCUGAAUCUUGAGUGGGUAGAUUCUGAUCACUCAUCUGAGGAGGAGAAUGCAGCUUUUCAGCAGGCAAUGAUGCUUGCUGGUGGUGAAUUUUUGGAGUGUGUGAGGUUUCAUGCUAGAUCCUGGUUACCUGCAAGAUCCAUUAUUAAUAAAUGUCUAACCUCGAGAGGAAAUGUAGAUCCCAGCGGGGAAAUUAUUGUUUUGGAUAGAUUUUGCCCUUGGAAACAUCAUCUAUUUGAGCUUGAAAAGGAACUGAAAAUAAAUCCUCCCAUCAAGUAUGUUAUUUAUCAGGAUGAGAGGAGCAAGAACUGGCGUGUGCAUGCCGUCGCGAUUUCUCCGGAAAUGUUCGAGAGCCGACAGCCUCUUCCACAGUGCUGGAGGGGCUUGAUGGACGAUGAGCUGUCGGAGAGGUCCGGCAUCCCUGGUUGCCUCUUUGUCCAUAUCAGUGGAUUCAUUGGUGUAAAUCAAACCUACGAGGGAGCACUGGCUAUGGCAACAACCGCUCUCACAACACCGUCAUGACUGAAAGAAACCAUUUACAUCUCACAACACCUUGUCGUUUUGCUUUUUAUUUAAAGCUAGUUUUGGGGUUGAACAACAAAUACAGGAGAAUUGGAAGAUCCUGAGACAUUAAAAUUCAAAAGAGCAAACUUCUCAAAGCAGUUUAUGCUCAAUA